AUGGCAAAUAAAGGAGUUGACAUUAAAGUUGUCCUCUUGGGCAAAUCGUCAGUUGGAAAGACAAGUCUAGUGGAACGAUAUUUACACAAUAGGUUUUUGGGGGAUACAGUGCCUUAUCAAAAUACAAUUGGAGCAGCUUAUGGUGCCAAGAAGCUUAACAUAGCUGGCAAAGAAGUCCAAUUAGGAAUUUGGGACACGGCAGGCAGUGAACGUUAUGAGUCAAUGAGCCGUAUCUACUACCGAGAUGCUGGGGCUGCCAUUGUAUGUUAUGAUUUAACAGACAAAAGCAGUUUAGACAGAGCCAACUUCUGGAUUCAGGAACUCCGGGACAAUGAAGAGAACUGCAAGCUUUACCUGUGUGGGUGUAAGCUUGAUGUAAUUGCUGAGUACCCCUCUAAAAGACAAGUGGAAAGAGGAGCUGCUGAAGCCCUUGGUGACAUGAACAAUGCCGAAGUAUUUGAGACGUCCAGUAAAACAGGAGAGAACAUUGAUAAACUUUUUGAACACAUUGCAUCAGAUUACUUAACUGUCUGCUUAAGACAAGUUAAAAAUUUGAGAGAGUCAAGUAAAUCUUUCCGCCUGACCGAUCUACAAUGUAAGGAGCCCCACAAACCGAAAUGCUGUGUAAGCUCCUGA